UGUCUGAGGGAGGUAGUCUUCUUGUUGAGGGAGGAUUCACACCUCGCACUGUUUCUCAGAACCUUCAGAAAACUGCUGAUACUGUAAAAAUGAUCCACGGGCUUGCUGUGCUUAGUUUGUGCUUGUGGCAUCUUGCUGGUGUGUUUGGUGACGCCGAUGAAGUGAAGGUCGUGUCGGUGAUGGAGGGAGAUUCUGUCACUUUAAACACUGAUGUUGUUGAGAUACAGGAGGAUGAUUUGAUCAUGUGGAUGUGUGGAGAUUCUUGUAUAGCUAAACUCAACGUAUCAAGCCGAACCAUCUCUGAAGGGAACGAGAGAUUGGGCGGCCGAAUGGAGCUGGACUUUAAGACCGGAUCUCUCACCAUCAAGAACAUCUCGCCCGCAGACUCUGGAGUCUAUAAAGCGCAGAUCAUUGGAAAUAAAGUGGCAAGAAAAACGUACAACGUUACUGUCAAUGCCCGUCUACCUGUUCCUGUCAUCACCAGUUACUGUUCACAGAAUCCUCCAUCGUCUUCAGUCUCGAAAUGUGUGUUGUUGUGUUCAGUGAUGAAUGUGACACGUGUGAGUCUCUCCUGGUACAAAGGAAAGAGUUUAUUGUCCAGCAUCAGUGUGUCUGAUCUCAACAUCAGACUCUCUCUACCUCUGGAGGUGGAAUAUCAGGAUACAAACACAUACAGAUGUGUCGUCAACAAUCCCAUCACAAACCACACACAACAUCUACACAUCACUGAUGUCUGUCAGACAUGUUCAGACUGUGUCUGCUGUUGUGGUUCCACUGAAGCCGUGAUCCAGCUGGUCGUCUCAGCUCUGGUGGGCGUGGCUACUGUUGCUGUUUUGGUUUAUGACAUCAGAUCCAGAAGAGAUGAACAGAAGCCAGCACAGACAUAGACAUUCAUUCUUUAUUGAUGACCUGUUAAAUCAAAGGUUAAGAUUUUCACGACGGAACUAAAUCUGUGUUUGUAAACUAGUUUUUUUUAAGGUCACUGAUAUGUGCCGUCAUCUCACGUACAGCACACGUGUGAUUUCAAAUGAACACAUGGGUUGUUAUUAAAAUUAAAACGACACUUUUGUUUCCGAUAAAAAUAACAGAAAUAUGCCAUAAAUCAGGCCCUGCAGCUGCUUACUAAUAAGAAAGCGGCUCGUAUAUACCAGGCAUAUGUCUACUAACACUUUUUUUUUUUUGCAUCGCAAUCAUAUUCUCAUUCAGCAACAUUGUGCUUUCAAAAUCAUUUCUCUUUUAUGUGGUUUAGUAAUGACCUUCAUCUGUGUCACUUUACUGUUGAACCUGCAAACACACAGGAAGAAAGACUUCAAAAGAACUUUCACAGUGUCCCUUACCAUCAGUCACACCAUAGACAUAACCAGCAAAUGUACUUUAGUUCACUGUAUGUCCACGAAAUAUACGAUACAGUGGUAUAUUUGAAUCAAAAUGCCCACAAAACGUUAUUAAAACUGUUUUUACAUCAUUUGUAACGUGUACGUUAAACAUGCAU